AUGGCGGCUCUAGUUGAGAAACCUCCCAUCCUUCCUGGACUUGAUACAGCUCUCGAGAUCCAGGAUUUCCGCACAAGCGGUGCUCUGUACAACACACUUCUCGAUGACUCUGACCAGCCCCCCGUUGCUGAUGAGUGCAUUACGGACCUAGCGGAAAUUUUCGUCCGUCACAAUGCCGAAAAGGUACUUGGGAUUCACUUGAUCCACGGCCACUUCAAGAUUCCUAAGAGCACCGUCAUGCUUGGGACCAACUUUGAAAGUCCCCCUCUUCGCUGGACUAAAGUCACCGAUAUUGACAACAUUGAUCCCUCCUGUGUUCAUGGACACAUCUUCGCCCUGACUAAGGACGGGUUGUGUGCUUACGAGCUACAGGACGGGCCUCUUCCCGACCUAUCUGGCGUUGGCCCGAGAUUUCUCGACGAGUUCAUUAUCUAUAUUGUCAAGAACGAUCUCACAAGUCUGAUUGGUCUUCAAGUUCUUGGAUGCGGUAAUUACUCUAUGUCGGAACUCAUUCUCGAUAAAGGAACUGUCAUGCUUGAAUCGACUUAUGUCAAGAACACUGUGCCGACCCGCAUCACAGGCUGGAAAUUCGAGGCGACCGAUGGUAGACCGCGUGUUUGCUCUGCAAGUGAAACCCAUGCGGUAAUGACUUCGGGCAAUCACAAAGUCUUCAACGCAGGGAAGCCUCUUCCUAAACUGGAGAAUGUCGACGACCUGAAGGCCGCUCUUGCUACGGCUGGUAUUCUUUAG